UGACUGUCAUGUUUGUCAGAUGGUUUGUCAACAAAAACACUCAUCAAAAUUAUCAAAAAUCCAAUUUUCUUGCGAAAAGAAACUCCAAUAAAAUUCUACAUUCAUUAUCUUAUAGAUGAUUCACUUAAGGCUAAGUUUGCUAAGAACAAUAAGUACAAGCUACAAAGUGAUAAGAAAGGCCAGCGGAGGCAGCAAGAUGGCAGAAAGGAAGAUAGCAGUAUGCCAAAUGACGUCCAUUGGAGAUAAGGCUAAGAACGUGGAGGUGGUCUCCAAACUUGUGAGUGAUGCUUCAAAGGAAAAUGUUCAGAUGCUGUUCUUCCCAGAAGCGUGUGACUUCAUAUUUGACAACAAGAAGUCUAUGCUGGAGGCGGCCGAGCCACUUGGAGGCUCCCUAGUCGGACAGUACCGGGCGCUGGCGAGGGACCAUGGAGUGUGGCUGUCUAUGGGAGGUGUUCAUGAGAAGGAUGAGACUGACACAUCAAAAGUGUACAACACGCACAUAAUAAUAGAUAACACCGGGUCCAUAGUCCAGACAUACCGGAAGCUACAUCUCUUUGAUGUGGAGAUUCCGGAGAGGAAUGUGCGACUGAAGGAGAGUGAUUUCUCCAAAGCCGGCUGCCAUAUUGUCACUCCGGUUACUAGUCCGGUCGGGAAGAUUGGGCUUGGUAUCUGCUAUGAUCUGAGGUUCCCAGAGCUAAGCACCCAGCUAGCGAUGCUGGGGGCCGACGUACUGACGUAUCCCUCUGCCUUCACCCACGCCACCGGGCAGGCGCACUGGGAGAUCAUGCUGAGAGCAAGAGCAAUAGAAAACCAAUGCUACGUGAUAGCAGCAGCGCAAGUCGGCCACCACAACGAGAAAAGGCGGUCUUAUGGCCGAGCGAUGUGCGUGAGUCCGUGGGGCGACAUACUGGCAGACUGUGGCCUGGAAGAUACUGCGUGCUAUAAGACCGCCGUGGUAGAUUUGAAGAAUUUGCAGAAUGUGAGAACGAAUAUGCCGGUUUUCUCGCAUAGGAGACGCGACGUGUAUUCGUUAUACUGCUUCAGUCUACGCAAGAACUUGCUGGACGCCGCGCCCGCCGCGCCAUCUGGCGGGGAGACGGAGUAUAAGGGACCUACUAAUGUUUUCGGCCAUGUCCUGGUGCCAGAGACGUGUGUGUUCUACAAGAGCAAAUUGACAUACGCCUUCGUCAACAAACGUUGCGUGGUCCCGGGCCACGUGCUGGUGGCGCCGGCGCGGCUCGCGGAACGGAACCUCGACCUGUCGGAGGAAGAGGCCGACGACUUCUACAAGACUGUGCGGCUUGUGCAGAAAUUGAUGGAGCGAGUCCACAACACAAAUUCCUGCACGGUCACCAUACAGGAUGGUGAAUAUGCGGGACAGACUGUUAAGCACCUCCACUGUCACAUAAUGCCGAGGAAAAAGGGAGACUUCAUUGAAAACGACCACAUAUACUUGGAGCUCGCCAAGCACGACCAACUCGUUGCCGGAUAUCCGGCGAAACCCGGAAGGACUUUAGCAGAAAUGGAGGAAGAGGCAGCCAUGUUGCGAAAAGAAAUACAAAAACUUUUAGUAGUCGAAAGUUAGCCAUUGCUUGUGAUAUGUAAAUAGAUUUUUAAAAUAAGCGUAAGUUAUUCUGACAAAUAUACGAUAAUUUAACUUAAAA